AUGGAGUUCACCGAGGAUGAUUUACAAGAGCUGAAGUACCGCUUCGAAGAUGCUACAAUUAAGUGCUCGGAACGAUGCUUAUAUCAAUCAGCAAAAUGGGCAGCAGAAAUGCUCGAUUCGAUCGUACCAAUCGAUCAGACAGACACCGAUCAUGAGUCUUCGAUGGACAUCACCGAGCCGAUCAUUCCACCGAUCAGUCCAUAUUCGCGUACGCAAGACCCGACAGAAGCUGCGCUGGAGGCCCAGGAAGCACACAAAUACCUCCUUGCCAAAUCCUACUUCGAUACUCGAGAGUACGAUCGCUGCGCUGCCGUAUUUUUGCCUCCAAAGACACCUCCAGUUCCUCUAUCCGUGACCUCGCCCAAUACGAAACCCAAACAAACGCGAAGCACCCCUCUCAAGGGCAAAGACAAAGCCUCGCCUUUCCAAACCUCCAGGACCGUCGGCCAAACGCCGAGGAACCCAUACCCUAAGCUCAGUCAAAAGUCUCUCUUUCUUGCUUUAUAUGCAAGAUAUCUCGCGGGAGAGAAGCGGAAAGACGAAGAAACGGAGAUGGUAUUGGGCCCAGCAGAUGUUGGCACGGCUGUCAAUCGCGAAUUGCCAGACCUCGCUCGAGGGUUGGAAGGCUGGCUAGGAGAGCGAAGCGCAAAUGGGUUGGACGAGCAGGGACAAGGUUGGCUAGAAUAUCUCUACGCCGUAAUUCUGCUGAAGGGACGAAAUGAGGAGCUGGCCAAGACUUGGCUCAUCCGCAGUGUACACCAAAACCCAUUUCAUUGGGGUGCAUGGCAGGAGCUAAAUGACUUGCUAGGAAGCAUUGAAGAUUUGAAACAAAUCAAGGACCUUCUACCCGAAAACAUCAUGACGCUCAUAUUCUAUGUCUACUGCAGUCAAGAGCUUUACCAGGCUACAGAUGACACGUACUCAACAUUAGCUGAUUUGCAAGCCAUCUUUCCUACUAGCGCGUUUCUGCAGACCCAGCAUGCCCUGCUUUUCUACCACAAUAAAGACUUCGAGCGAGCGUCAAAGAUCUUCAACGAGAUUCUGGCCACAUCGCCGCAUCGCCUCGACAGCCUCGAUCACUAUUCCAAUAUCUUGUAUGUCAUGAACGAGCGUCCUCGACUCGCCUUUGUGGCUCAAAUCGCCACUGCCACUGACAAAUUCCGACCCGAAACCUGCUGUGUUGUUGGCAACUACUACUCCUUGAAAUCAGAGCAUGAAAAAGCCGUCAUGUAUUUCCGCCGUGCCUUGACACUUGACCGGAAUUUCCUGUCUGCAUGGACUCUCAUGGGUCACGAAUACAUCGAAAUGAAGAACACACACACGGCCAUUGAGUCAUAUCGUCGGGCAGUUGAUGUCAACCGCAAAGAUUAUCGUGCUUGGUAUGGUCUCGGACAGGCUUACGAGGUCCUGGAUAUGUCCUUUUACGCACUAUUCUACUACCAACGUGCGGCAGCCCUCCGUCCUUAUGAUCCGAAGAUGUGGCAAGCUGUCGGAUCAUGCUAUGCGAAGAUGGGCCGCGUCGAGCAAAGUAUCCAAGCCUUGAAACGUGCGUUGGUAGCUGGCUCUUAUUACGCAGACGACAACCCUGGCGCUGGUGCACGGAAGGUGCUCGACCCUGAAACACUGCACCAGAUUGCAACCCUUUACGAGCGUCUUGGCGAUGAAGAAGAGGCAGCAUCAUAUAUGGAGCUCACUCUGCAACAAGAAUCUGGUGGGGCACCUGUGGGCGAGCAAAAUGGGUCUGACGAGGAAGAAGAGUCGUCUGCCUCGGAGCAUGCUGGUCAUAGUGAUGGCGAGGGCGAGAAUUCUGGUGACGAUGAAGACGGUCGACACACGCGUUCUCGCCGUCAUCGCCGCAAGCCCCGUCCCAGAACCUCAUCGUUUGGCGUGCAGGAUGACUCUACGACUGGGGAGACGUGGCACCACCCGACGGUCACGACGUCCAAGGCACGUCUCUGGCUUGCGCAGCAUGCAUUGCGCAACGGAGAUCUUGACAGGGCAGAUCUAUUAGCCAGCGAGCUGUGUCAAGACGGAAUGGAAGUUGAAGAGGCAAAAGCUUUGAUGAGAGAUGUUCGUGCAAGACGGGAGGAUGUAGGCUAG